AUGGGAUCAAAAAAUUCUGAUUUCUAUAAUCGAAAAAGAAAUGGCCUUUCUCUUUAUAUAAUAACAUAUAAGAAUGAGCUCGAAAAGAAGUCACUUCAUAAUCUCCGAGAAAAAGUUAUUAUACUUAACGCUACCAAGGCUUAUCGGAAUGAAACUGAUGAUGUCAGGAAAUAUUAUGACGAACGCGCCUACGCCAAAACUUCAAUCAUAGCAUAA